AUCGAUCUUUUAAAGUGACAAGCAGUCUUGAAACAACUCCCCAAGUCCAUCGGAAAAAAAUUCUUGCAGUCGAAUCGAGUAAUUUGUUCUGUUGUGGGUGGUGAAAAUUGGAGAAAAUGGCUGAUGAAGAGGAUAAGCCACCUGCACCUCCUGUCAGACUGACUAGCAAUCGGAAUGAAGCUGUUCCCGUUGUUCCUGUUGAUCUUCGACCUUUGCCAAAAGAGCCUGAAUCUGAGAAGAAGAAAACUAUUAAAGUGAAGGUCCCUCAAAGGAAGAACAAUGAAAGAUCUGAUAAGCCCAACAUUUCCUAUCCUACCAACUUUGAGCACACUGUUCAUGUUGGUUUCGAUGCCAUCACUGGAGAAUUCACGGGAAUGCCACAAGCUUGGGCCCAGUUGCUUCAAACUUCCAACAUCAGCAAACAGGAACAGAAGAAAAAUCCUCAAGCUGUACUUGAUGUGUUAAAAUGGUACGAUAUUUCUUCCCAAGUGGGCAAUGAAACCAAAUACAUGGAGACGCAUACGCAAAAGAGCACAGUGGAUGGGUUAGGCACGUAUUCGAGACCUACAUAUCAGCAAACAGAUGUUUCUUGCCCCAAAAUCUCGUUGGUUGUCAAUAGCCCGAGCCAUCACAGUCAUUCUUCCUCACAACAUAGCUUGACGACUCCCCUUCACCUUACAAGUUUUGGGCGACAAGGAUCAGGUUCAGGCUCAGUGUCUACACCGGAAACGGAAUCGAGUCAAGCCACGGACACCAUUGGCAGUCUUGAACGAGAUGAUGACAAAGGGAAUGAUCAUCUUGCUGACCUUGCAAAUAAUCAGGAAAAUGAACGAGAUGGCGAAGAUAAAGCCCCCCCUCCACCAGUGGCUGCUCGUCCUGAGAGAACGAAAUCGAUAUAUACCAAACCUAUCGAAGAAGAUAGUCACACCACCAACGGUGCCUAUGCUUUGGAUCGUAAUAAAAAUGCAAACGCCGCCCCUACUCCGAAUGCACGAAAGAAAAAGAUGUCAGAUGAAGAGAUCCUUGAAAAAUUGAGAUUGAUAGUUAGUGUUGGUGACCCUAAUCGUAAAUACACCAAAAUGGAGAAAAUUGGACAAGGAGCUUCAGGUACGGUGUAUACUGCAAUAGAAACGUCAACAGGUCAAGAAGUAGCCAUCAAGCAAAUGAAUCUGUCCCAACAACCUAAAAAGGAGCUGAUCAUCAAUGAAAUCUUAGUGAUGAGAGAGAAUAAGCAUCCCAACGUAGUAAACUACCUCGACUCGUACCUGGUCGGCGAUGAGCUCUGGGUCGUGAUGGAAUAUCUACCGGGUGGUUCGCUGACAGACGUUGUGACAGAAACAUGCAUGGAUGAGGGUCAAAUCGCUGCCGUCUGCCGAGAAGUCUUACAAGCCUUAGAAUUCCUUCACUACAAUCACGUUAUUCACAGAGACAUUAAAUCGGACAACAUUUUACUUGGGCUGGAUGAUUCUGUCAAACUCACUGAUUUCGGCUUCUGUGCCCAAAUCAGUCCAGAACAGUCCAAAAGAACCACAAUGGUUGGCACUCCCUACUGGAUGGCCCCUGAAGUAGUUACCCGUAAACAGUACGGACCAAAAGUAGAUUUGUGGUCUUUGGGCAUCAUGGCUAUAGAGAUGAUCGAUGGCGAGCCGCCCUACUUAAAUGAAAAUCCUUUGAGGGCUCUUUACCUCAUCGCUACUAAUGGAAAACCCGAUAUCAAGGACAAGGAUAAAUUAUCUGCCGUUUUUCAGGACUUCUUAGAUCGCUGUUUAGAAGUUGAUGUUGAUAAGCGAGCUUCUUCUUCUGAAAUGUUGAAGCAUCCGUUCUUAAAACUUGCCCGUCCGUUGGCCAGUCUGUACCCGUUGAUUGUAGCUGCCAAAGAAGCGGCCAAAGGACAUUAAAUUUUUCCGCCCCUGGUUGUUUUAUGCUGCGUGUAGUGUUUAGUGAUGUUCCGUAUUUGAGUAACGGGGAAAAUAAUAUCGUUUUGUUCUUCCUAACCUUUAUAAGAAAGCAAGGGGCAAACAGACAACACAGAACGAGUGUACUUAUAUGCUGCUCUACGCCCAUCGAAAAUUUCACGCAUGAAAAUGAUUUAUAUCGGACUUUGUUUCUGUUUUAUUGAAACGACAUUGAUUGAAGUGUAUUAGCUUCUGGUCAAAGAUUGGGAAAUUUUCAUUGUGGGCUACUGCUUUCGUUAUUUCAAACCCACAAAUGGCAUUUUAAAAUCUUUCCCUCCUCCCAUCGUCUCUGUUUCGACAGGACCUGAAAGUUCCAACCACCCGACCCUCCGCCCUAUAAGCUGGUAUGAGCGUUUGUUGACACCAUAAUGAACUUGGAAAACUUAAAAAGGUAAUCGCAUCUAUUGACUUUAUCACAUUCUUGGAGUUUUCCAUUUUUUGCAUUGUAACUUAAAUAAACAUUUAACCUUAUUA